CACGUCGACGGCCAGUGGGCAAGGAUCCCCGCAGACAGAGCAACGGAAGCAAUGUUCGGAAUCGCUCUGCUUGCGAGUGCCGGUGGAGCCCCUGCGAACACGAGGGAUGCCGAGGAAAAGGAAAGAUCAGCCAAGGCAGAACUGGCAAGGCCCGCAUGGCCAAUUUAAUUUACCACCACACCAAUCAGCAUACCCCCCGCGCCCCACCCACUAUCCUUACCCUCAUGCUUCAUUUCCCGCCCAUCAUGUAGCCCAUUUCCCCCAGUACCCGACAGUUCCAAUUCAUGCCCAAUAUCACCCACCCGCCCCAUAUCCACAGCCCACCUACUUCCCAUACCAAAAUUACUACGCCCCUCCUGCAGCUCCAAUCCCUCCCCCGGUCCGUGUGCCUGAAACACAGAAGAUUGCUGCUUCUGCUGCUACUGCAGUUCAGAAUGUUACCGCACAGGCAUCAUCCACACUUGCAAGCAGUUCAAACGCAUCUACAGCUGCCGCUGCUCUUGUCACCCCCACCUCAGUGAGGGCACCAAAGGAAAAUGCUGCCCCUGUGACAACCCAACCAACUGUACCUGCACCUCAGACCACUGACACCACUGAGAAAAUUGAGAAGAAAAAGAAGAAAAAGAAGAAGACAAAGAAAGCAAAGAAAAGAAGCAGAAAACUUUCUUCAAGUUCGUCCAGUUCGAGCAGCAGUGGAUCAAGUACUAGCAGCAGCUCCUCUAGUAGCAGUAGUGCCAGUGAAUCAUCUGAAAAAUCUGUUCCGCCGCCCCAAAAAGGAAAACAAGAAACAAAGAAAAGCAAGGAAGAGGAAUCAAAGGCAAAUGCCGAAUUCCAAGCCAUGGUGGAAACUCUUGAACAAAAGCCUAAGAAGAGGGGGCGUCCCCGAAAAUACAAGCCAAAAGAGCUUAUUGAUCCGUAAUUUAUGAUUAUGCUUUAUGAGUUAUGAUUAACGCUGGUGGUGUUUUUCUAUGUUCUUCAUCUCUUAAUGCUCUAAUUUUCUAUGUUCGGUCUUUUAAUUUUGGAUUAUGAUUAUGCUUUAUGAGUAAUGAUUAAUGCUGAUGGUGUUUUUCUAUGUUCUUAAUCUCUUAAUGCUCUAAUUUUCUAUGU